UAGAAGUCGCUGAGUGGAAAAAAGAUGCUAGUGAAAAUAUCAAAUCAAAAGAUGUAUUCAAGCGGAGUGCUCGCUCACGUCUCUGUUCCCAACUACUCAAAGAAUUAAAUAAUACGAGUACUGAUAAUUUGACAUAUGAUAAUCCAUUAGCAAGUGGCAUUAUAUGUGAUGAAUACAACUUAGUUAAAAACCUGCCACAAGAUUGUCAAGAAGAAUUUCGGAUGGGCAUUUUGGAAAUGAAGCUUGAUAGCAAUUCCGAUUUAAAACAAGCUUCAGAAAAUUUGUUUUUAAUUCUCACAUCCUUAAUUAGGGGAGAAGUUGAGAGUUCUUCGAGUAAGGCUCAUAAACAGUUACAUGGGAAUAAGCCAGAUUUCAUGCUACGUGUUAAAAUCGGUGACAAAGAACUUGAAUUAGUUAAUAUGGAAACAGGACGGCCAGAAUCAGAUUGGAAGAAACAAUUGUCUGACCAUAAUAAAUUGGCACGUAGCGCUAAGGAUGCCUUUGAGGAUUUUUCCAUCAACGGAAGUGUAAAAAAAUGUGAGUAUGAAGAAUUGACAAAGAUAUUUUGUCUUAAUGUUAAAGGCAGUGAUAGGAAGCUUAAUGUUGUCUUUAUACAAGAUUUCUUAUUUGUUAUUUUAUAUUAG